GAAAUGUCAUUUGUUGACACGAAGAUUAAACUGCUGUUGAAGAGAGUUCCCAAACCACUGCCGGAUAAUUACAACCUAGUAGCUGAUGUGCGCAGCUCCGAGCCAUGCUCAAAACUGCUGGACUCGCUUCAGAUGCGAAUAGCUUUGAACACAUUUGAGCAAGCUACAGUUAAAUUUCCAAAUGGAGAUUGCUCAGUGGUAAAUCCAACAGGCACGUGGGGAGAUAUGGGAUUGAAAGAUGGCCUGGAGUAUCUACUAGAGGUCAGAGGUCAAGCUAUGGACUUGGAAGUGAAUGCUGGCGCGGACUACACGCCUUUGAAUUUGAUGUCAGACAAGGAGUAUGAUGAGAAAAAGGGAACUGUUCGAGAUUUCCUGAAGAGCAACAAAUUGGGCAAGUUCAGUGAAGACUACCAAGAGAAGAAGCAGAAGGAAAUGGAAGAGCAAAUGAACUUGUACGAACAACUCAAAGAUAAAGCUGGUCAAAGAGUUGAAUUAGAAAACAGUCUGCGAGGAGAGCUGAAAUACAUCGGGGAAACUGACUUCGCCUCUGGCUUCUGGGCUGGCAUCGCUCUAGAUGAACCGUACGGAAAAAAUAACGGAACGGUUGCUGGCCGAAAGUAUUUCACGUGUACAGAUAAUUACGGGCUGUUUCUGAAGUUGAACAAAUUUAAAGUUGGUGAUUACCCGCCUAUUGAUGACGGACUUGACGAUGACCCCGAAAUUAUUUGACGAUCAAAUAGAGUGAGGAUCCUUCGGGUGCUGAAUGUCUUGCAAAUAAUGAAUUUGUCGGUACUAGUCUGAUAGAUGGGUGCGUCAGUUAUAAGAGAUCAAGUUAACAUCCUCCAACCCCCUGUUCUGAUUUCAAAUAGAAACAGAAACAUGAAUUAUUUUAUUGCGUUCACAAAAUGUGACGCCGCCGCCACCACAAAAGAAAUAUGUUUUUAUUCCCUUGCAAAAGGAAGGGAAAUGCUAUUGGAAUAAUUCGUAUAACGUUUUAAGCAUUGAGAAUUGAAACGACUAUUCUCAUUCAAUGCGAAUAUUAACGAUUCCUCUCGUAAAAUACGAGCAUACGAAACCUUCUUCUCGUAAAAUACGAAUGUACGAAUAGAGAAUACGAAGUUAAGAAGUAACUUCUCAUUUGAUACGAAAAGUGGCGUGAUUUCCCCAUCUGAGUAUAAAUAGAAGCUCAAAACUACGGGAAUUCAUUCCCAACAAUAUCUCUUCUAACACCAACGCCACUCUCUUCAAACCACCCCCAAUCAAUCUCUAAAAAAUAUCUCCAAUCUCACCCUUAAAAUAAAUAUAGAGUCAAAAGGCAACUAGCUGUAAAUUCAUACUAACUUCUUUUUUAAUAAAAUAUUUCUCAGCGAAUUUUAGAUUUACUUUCUAAGAUAGAAAGUAGAAAGGACCCUUUAUUCCUAGCAAGCGUUUUGUCCGACGUCUAU